UCUAGUAGCGCCCAAGAAUAAGCUUAGGCUAGGAAAUUUGGGACUCCACUGGCGGACACCAACCAGAUGUUUCUUCGAGGCAGAUCGGUCUGGGAGCGCGACCGGAGCAGGCAUGACGAUGUCUUGCCCCUUGAGACAAUUGGUGUUGAGGCUGUGUCGUAGUGCACGGAUAAUGUUAGGGGCGCUUGUGAGGCCAGCAUUUCGUGGCCAAUCAGCGCAGUAUGUGCAAUCCUUACCGAGCUCUUCCGGGUUCCUGGUUUCACCCUCACACAUAUUCCUUGAACCCCGUUGUACGCGCCACUGUCGUCUCAAGGCAGUUGAGCCACUGCGGCAAUCACCAUCGAUGGGCUUUUUAGUCAUUGUAAAUCUCCGCUAUCGUUCUUUUGGUGCCAGCACGAAGCUGUCAGGCGUUCUUGGCUUCUCAAUUGAGAUGUCGAACUCGGUUCCUGAAGGUCCUCGUCGCCUAACCUUGCGCUGUAUCACCGCCAAUCAGGUAUUCUGGAAGCAUUCAACCAUCUCUACAAAGGCUAUGCGCUGGUAUUCUAGAGCUCCGGAGGGUGUCGAGAUGGUCAACGUGUGUUGGUGAAGAAUCAUGACGCGCUCAGGACACGAGAUCGUGGCUGCUGUUGAGCGCACGGACGUAACUGCCACCCAUUGUUCCUUCAUCGACCAACUUCAGGCCUCACACCCGCCUCUCCUUCGUACGUCUCAGUCGUGCACUCGUCUCGAAUUUCAACCCUAGAGCAGGAGAUCUUCGACAGCCCAAAUAAGCAACAUGCAGUUCGCACACAUCUCGCUGCCGGUAAUUGAGCGCUGCCGCUUGAGUG